CUCUCCAGUCCAGUCGUGCGUCAGCACAUCAAGCCCUAUUGUCAGGCAAGACACUGCACACUACAACAGGCCAGACAACGUAUAAUACAUAAUACGUUUCUGAGCACGCGGUGACCACUACACACACAUGGGAUUGUCUCGAUGUGUCGUCCUCUUGGACAACAUCAAGAUGCUGGAGGGUGUCUGCUAUGGGGUACCCCUGUCGGGCAUUUGGCUUCUGAAGGUGUGUUUCUCCCGGACCGGUACAUGAAUGCUAUCACUGUAAGAAGGCCUGGUUACGAUGGAGGCUUUAUCCAGCACAUCGGCCUCUGAACACUUGUUUUGUACAGCGUGGUUCUAGUGGCUAUCUGCCUCGUAGGUCUUGAUCUGGGCUGGCGAGCUCCUCAUGGGGAUUCACAACGCAAGGAAGCAAUCGCGACAGUGUCAUCUUUCCGCUCACUCCAGGAACAUGAAAGACUGCUUUAUGUGGGAGUACAUCUCCAUCAUGUUCACUUGUCACAGCACCGCGUCACCCUCACCGACGCCCAUUCACUACCUGCUCUUGGCACAAUGGAACGCAACCUCUCCCACCCACAAAAGCUUCACAUUUCCCAAAUAUUUCACAUCUUCAGACUUAUUUAGCGCCGGAUACACCCGCCCAUCUCUUCACAGACUCUCCGAGGUUUAGCCAGCAUCAAACACACUUGAAUCACUUCUUUCAACAUGUCUCUUUCAAGCAGCACCCUCAAGCAACAGGCAGACCGAGAUCUCGAGGUUUACGCAGAAGCAGCAAUGAGGGCGAUUCGCCCAGAGAAUCCGGCCGAUGUUCGCAUCCUACUGGGCGACAUUGUCUCCAGAUACAGCCGCACCAGCCGCAAUGAGGCCAUGAGAAGCAUCCUACGGGAUCUCCGACACCAUUUCGACUUGGACGCAUUUGUGGACGCUGUCUGGCUCAAUGAGCAACUCGACCCGCCUGCCGCUGCUCCCAUCACACCAGCCACCGCUCCUCUUUCUCCGCCACCUGGUGCUGGUCCUUCUUCUCCUCCUGCUGCGUCUCCUGCUGCUCGCCUUUCUGCUUCUCCUCCUUCUCUUCCUCCUCCAAAUACCACCAGAGCACCCACCAGAGGCAAUGUGGGCGCUACCGAGAGGGGCCGAGCCCUUGCAAACUCAGACCUUGCCCUGGGACCAAGCCGGCGUCGCAGACAACCAAGCCCGGCUUUCGAUGAGGAGACCCUCGAGGAGACAAAAGUGAGGGAGCGGGCCGAACGAUACCAAGCGCCUACCAUGGCCAUCGACUCUGGACCCUCCGACGCCAGACCACCAGCUAAACGCCCUCGACCAGACAAUAGCAAUGCGGAGAUCGACAAGAAGAAGGGUGAACGGGCGGCAGGGCCGUCGAAGAAGACAUUGAAAGGGAGACAGAGAGAGUGGCGCUACGUCUGCGAUGUGAAGGGAUGUAACACAAGCCCGUAUGGAGCAGGGGACUUUCAGGCCCAUAUGAGGAACAAGCACGGGCGUCGUAAUGGCUGGAAGAUACACUGGGUUAAUCCUCCUGAGGAUAUGUUUUGGAUUGCGAAGGAUGAGGAUGAUGAGAUUUACACCGGCGAAAUGCGAAAAGCUUGAGAAGACAGCCGAGAGAGCGGCAUCAUACGCAUGCAUUCUAGAUAGAGAAUGCGAGAAUCAUCCCCCUGCAAC